AUGUUCUCGCGAUCAACACGGCGCUUGGCCAGCCAGCUACGACCUCUACCAUCUUUAUCUAUCCCUACAUCACAAGCUCCCGCGAGGGUACAAUCUCGCACCUUCAUCGCAACACGACUCACACGAUCUGCAUCAACUAAACCUCCUGCUUCUGAUAAGUCUGCGACGAUAUCGAGAGAUCCAGGCACUUCCUUCGCAUUUCUACUCGCUGGAGCAGCUUCCUUCUACCUCGCAUACAGCUUCGCGCAACAAUCUCCUACGCGAUGCGACGCCAUCGCCCAUGACGAAAACGACCAUGAUCCUCGAGAUCCUUCGCUUCCUCGAUAUCGCAUCAAUGAAGUGCGCAAGCACGAUGCUCAUUCUGAUCACCCCUGGGUCAUCCACCGCGAUAAAGUCUACGAUAUCACUGAAUGGAUAGGCGCGCAUCCUGGCGGUGAUGUUAUCCUUCGCGCUGCUGGCGGUUCCAUUGACCCCUACUGGGAUAUCUUUUCUAUACACAAAAACGACUAUGUCUACGAUAUUUUAAAUCAGUACCUAAUUGGGUACGUCGACCCGGCAGACCUCGUCGAUGGGCGACCGGGGCGACAAGAGAUCGAGGAUCCUUUCUCGGAUGAUCCAGUUCGACAUCCAGACUUGAUUACAAUGACGCAGAAGCCCAGAAACGCAGAGACGCCAGCCUAUGCUAUGACGAAUGACUUUCUCACGCCUAACGACCUUUUCUACGUGCGCAACCACAUGUGGGUGCCAUCAAUAGCCGAGGACCCGAAUGAUCAUAAUCUCACGAUAGAACUCCCUGAUGGAACCACAAAAGAAUACACCCUCGCGGACCUAAAGAAGCGCUUCAAAUCCCACAAAGUCACAGCCUCUCUUCAAUGCUCCGGCAACCGCCGGAAACACAUGAACGAGGAAUCUGGCCGCAAAACAAAUGGUCUUCCUUGGACUGCUGGAGCUAUCUCAAACGCCUGCUGGGAAGGCGUCUUACUCUCUGACGUCCUGGCAGAUGCAGGCUUUGAUCUACAUUCAGGCCUCGCUGGAGAAUCAGAAGCAAAGCACGUUCAGUUCAACGGCCUAGAAGCUUACGGCGCAUCGAUCCCUAUCAAAAAGGCUAUUGAUCCCCAAGGCGACGUGAUACUCGCCUACAAAAUGAACGGCCAGACUCUCCCGCGCGAUCAUGGGUUUCCCCUACGAGCUAUUGUUCCUGGUCAUGUUGCUGCGCGAUCUGUCAAAUGGUUGAAUCAUGUCACGCUGAGUGACGAGGAGAGCACUUCUCAGUGGCAGCGACGUGACUACAAGUGUUUUGGCCCGAACCAGACCAAAGUAGACUGGGAUGCAGCACCCGCCAUUCAAGAAUUACCUGUCCAAAGCGCCAUUACAAAGUGCAAACUUGGCGAUUGGACAGCCAAAGGUGGCAAUUCUCACACUUAUACGAAACCAGCUUCAUUGGCUGGCUACGCAUACUCCGGCGGAGGCCGCGCCAUCGUCCGUGUCGACGUCUCCUUUGAUAACGGCAAAAACUGGUCUCAAGCCUCCAUCCUUCCCGACUGUUCCACAAAAGAGGGCGAGGAAUCGCCUUGCUAUGGUCACGCAGCCUGGGCUUGGCGGAGAUGGAAGUUUGACGGUGCGGUCCCGUUAGAGGCGUUUGAACCCGCGCCAUCCGGGAAGCGAUGUGCGAUGUUUGUUGUGAAAGCCACGGACGAGGUGUACAACACGCAACCAGAGAGUCACGCAGCAACUUGGAAUAUUCGCGGUAAUCUUGCUACAGCGUGGCAUCGCGUGAGGAUUUGCGAUGAUGGUCCUACGGGGUCAGAAACAAAAGUGUAG